AUGGACAACCACUCGUACAACUACCCGUCUGACUGCACCCCACUCACCAACUGCAAGUCUGCCCGAAAACCAGCUGGGUCCACCGUGGUGAACAUGGGAAACAGUGGGAAGAAUCCUCCUCGGGACUACCUGGUCUGGUCGCUGUGCAACACCCUGUACGUUAACUUCUGCUGCCUGGGCUUCAUGGCUCUCAUCUACUCCAUCAAGGCCAGGGACCAGAAGACCCAGGGAAACCUGCAGCUUGCCCAGGAGUGUUCGGACAAGGCCAAGUGGUACAACAUCCUGGCAGCCGGCUGGAACCUGCUGGUCCCCCUCUUGGCCAUCGUCCUGCUGGUCCUGCUGCUGGUCCACCUGGGCUCCUCCGAGGGCUCCUUUGACUUCUUUGGAGAGGAUGGCUUCCAGAAAUUCAUGAAACUGUUCAGCUGGUAG